UGAAGCGAUGCAGCUCGAUGUCAAACUUAUAAAUAAUAUUUUUGUUAUUAAUCGUUAAACGCGAUACUAUUAUUGUGUAUCAAAAAUGUCGUCCACGGAACCUUCCCAGAAUAAAACAUGGGAAUUGUCCCUCUAUGAGUUGCAUAGAACUCCUCAGGAAGUGAUUACCGAUGCGACCGAAAUCGCGGUAUCACCCAGGAGUCUCCACAGCGAGUUGAUGUGUCCGAUUUGCUUAGAUAUGUUGAAGAAGACAAUGACCACAAAGGAGUGCCUGCACAGGUUUUGUUCCGAUUGUAUAAUCACAGCUUUACGAUCCGGGAACAAAGAAUGUCCUACGUGUCGCAAGAAGCUAGUAUCUAAGAGAUCACUGCGGCCAGAUCCCAAUUUUGAUCUACUUAUAUCCAAGAUUUACCCCAGCCGAGACGAAUAUGAGGCUCACCAGGAGCGCGUGCUCGCGAAAAUCAAUAUGUCCCACUCCCAAGCUUCUUUAGUUAACUCUAUAACUGAAGGCAUUAAAUUGCAAUCUCAAAAUAGACCGCAGAGGUCUCGAAAGAACCACGAGGAGAGCAGUAACGCCACGAAUUCUAAUGGGAAUGCUGAGCCUGCCCAAAAUGGCAGCAACAAUACUGCAGCGGUUCCCAAAGAUGGGACGUCAACAACAGGCAAUCCUACACCUUCCGGGCAGUCUACGUCUAAUCCAGCGUCUGUACGGAGCACUCCAUCCCCUGUACCGUCGAAUGUCAGUUCAGUUUCAAAAAACACAAACUCCAAUAAGAGGCCAAAGUCCGCUCUGACUUCAGAGCGUAGCGAAGAGAGUGAAUCUAGUGAUGGCAGAACCGAAGGUGAAUCUAUGGAUACCGAGGGGGAGGGAGAGCCGUUGAAUCCCAACGAGAUAGAGCUGGUGUUCAAGCCCCAUCCCACCGAGAUGGCGGGUGACAACCAGCUGAUGAGGGCGCUCAGGGACAGCUCCGUGAGAUACUUGAAGACCACGGCAAAUGCUACAGUCGAUCAUCUAAGCAAGUAUUUGGCUAUGAGAUUGACUUUGGAUCUAGACGCAGAGUUGCCAGAGGCCUAUCGUCUUUUAAAUUUUUGCAUAUACGUAACGCCUUCACCUGGACAGUUCGUUCCUUUGGCUGGGUCGCAGUCCCUGAGACAGAUCAAUGAUAAGUUUUGGAAGGUUAACAAGCCCCUAGAAAUGUACUACUCCUGGAAAAAGACAUAGAAUUAGGUGACAUUUUAGUUGUGGACACGACUAAAAUGUUGCUGACAUAGUUUGUACUGAGACACGGACUCAUACAAUGUGAUAAGAUUAAUUUAAAUAUGUAUAGUUGGUGACCAGUAAGUGUAUCGUAGCAUUAAGCAUAGCUCAUGAAGGACAUUCACCAUUUGCAUUCUAUAAGGAACACAGAGAAAAUUUCUCUGUGAAACUUGACCUAUAAAACUAAUAUUUUUUGCAGAGACCUAGGAAGACAGUUAAUAAUCUAAAUCCAUGCAAAUUAAGUAUAAGGAUUGUAUAGGUAUUACAUCACAUCAAAUUUUCAUUCAACUAAAUCUAGGUAUUGUUAUAUGACAGGGGUUCCCAAACUGUG